AAAAAUCAUGGAGGUGUAACUCGUAAAAGAUCAUGCAGACUAUUUAGACCAUAAGACUUUUAACAGGUUCUGUCAUUUGAUCCUAGUAACAUCACAACAUGUCAACAAUGGCAAGCCAAGUGUACAAGCAUUUGUGCUACAACCAUUUAAAAACUAUCCCAGGUCUUCAUAGACUGAUAAUUUCUUGCCAGAUCUGUUUUCCCAUCAGUGUGAAAUCAGCCGCCCGUUCAAAAAAUAGCGGAAUAACAUACUGCCAAGCACGGCACUAUAGUGCUAAAAUGCCAAAGUCAAACUUGAUUACGUCCAUGCAGGGACCCAAAAGAUCACAGCUCAGAGGAAAAGACGACAGAUCAUUGUUUAAAGUUUUAACUGAUGGACUUGACAUUAUCCGAGUUGGGAUACCCAAGUUUAAAAAGGAAAUGAGGGAUAAGAUCAAUUUUGACUUUGAUGGUAGGCGUGAUCAUGGUGACUUUGAAUAUUUCGUGAAGUUUGAUGAGAAAAUAAUCAAUUCAUGGUUUGUGUCGGCUGAUAGUGACUCCGGGGAUGGAAAGAGUAGAGCAGAAUUGAUUGUCAGCCCAAAUAAAAAGGCUUUAUUUUGUGGUAAUUUAAUUACGGAAGUUCCACAAGAUGGAGUAACAAAAAGGUCAGGAUUUUGCAACCUGAGCUCACCCUCGAAUAAAAAAUCAUUUGAGCAGGUGAUUCCAUAUGAUUGGACUGGUUAUACAGACAUGACCCUGCGAGUGAGAGGUGAUGGCAGGAACUACAUGAUUGUCAUACAGAUGGAUCGUAAAUGGAAUGUUCAUCAGUCAGACAUGUAUAACUACCCACUGUACACAAGGGGCGGGCCCUACUGGCAGGAAGUCAAUAUACCGCUGUCCAAGUUUUUCCUCACAGCUGCGGGUCGUAUACAGGACUCUCAAGAGAUGAUUCAGCUUCAUUCCAUAAGUGACCUCGGAAUCACUCUCGCUGACGGAAAUCCUGGACCCUUCCAACUAGAGAUAGACUAUAUUGCUCUUGUUAAUAAUAAAAACCCUACUAGAUAUGAUUUUGAUAUAGAGAUGUAUGAAAGAGGUCCUUUAGACUACUAGUGAAGGAAAAUAAAUCUGUAUUAUGAAUAUAUAGUUGCUAAUAAAUUAUUUGUUCCAU